CCUGUGUGAGGUGGACCCAUUUUUAAGUCGAAGCAGCUGCGUGUCAGUCGCUGCGAACAACUCUACCGAUCUACUAAACAGCUAGUGUGGCAGAAAGAACUGAGAUUUCCCAUCAUGGAGACAGAAACACAGACGGAGAAAGAAAGGCUUCCUCAAGGCCAGUUGAUUUUUGUGACCCGCAAGGACACAGCCCGUCUGCUGGAGGUGUAUGUCAAGCGCAGCCUCAGCCUAAAUGAUGGGACAGUGAUGGAGAAGAGGGCUGAAAGGAGGAAAAAAUGGGUGACAAUGCCUGAACGCAAAAAGCUACACAAACAAAUACGUAGGCACUCCAGUAAUCCUGACAUUUACUUGGGUCAAGGCUCAACAGAUGGAGAAAUUGGGACAUUUGCCGUCGUGGAAAGUCCUGCAAACCAGCCUGAGAAGAUUGAUAAACCGGGAAAAAAGCCCAAAAAACCCAAAAAACCCAAGAAGACUAAAAAACCGUCAUUGUGGAAAAGCUUUUUGGGCUUGUUCUCUAGGAAGGGGUCAGACGAGAAAGAAGAAGAGCAGGAAUGUCGUCCGGACGUGCCAGAGGUCUUCACAUCAUCACAAGAGGACUCUGAUGCUUCUGCCUCCUGCCUUCCUGUGACCCCCGACUCUGUCCAAAAGAGGAAGUCGGUGAAAAGAAAGACCACAAGAAGAAAGUUCCCCAAAAGGCGGCUGUCUCUGAGAAAGUCAAUAAAGCGAGACGCCGGUAAAGAUCUGAACCCAGCCGACAUCACUGGAGUUGAAUCUGUUGAGAUUGUUGAACCUACCUACUCCUACUAUGAGAAGGUGUCCGAGGAAAUGGAAAGGAUUGUCCAUGAGGUCAAAGAGAAAGAAGAGGUCCUCACAGACGAGGAAGUAAUCAACCGGAUCAUUGCUUUGACAAAGAAGGAGGGGGACGCCAUAGAAAACAAGAUGAAAGAAAACCCCACCCUGAGCGGCUUCUUCCAGAAGAUGACAUACAGCUCCUUCCAGAAGUUGGUCGAUGCCUAUUUGGAGACGGAGGCAUCGCCAACCUACAGCAACCAGCUCAACGUCCCACCAACGGCCCCCGAGUUGGUCAGCCUGGCCUUUACGCUUGAUUUUACCGCCAGAGUCGCCAGCCUCUCCAGACAGAAUAUAGGUCACAUUACGGGCUUGGGGAACCGCUACCUAGAGGACCGAUUUGAAUACAAACAGGCAUCUACAGAUCAUCCGUGGUCCGACAGUGAUGAUGCUAAUGAUUGAGACGCAACUGUGCAAAGUGAAACCUCGGUUGCAGUGAAACUAAUUUGUGGCUAAGAAUGUGUCGCAAAAAUAAGUUCCCCUUUUACCAAAAUCAAGCGCUUGUCCAGACAGGGAGAAACGUUAACAACAGACUGCAAACAAGCACACUGUUGACUCUGAGAGGAGCUACAUAAGGUUUGUGUAAUUAUCCUCUUUACUUAAAAACCAGUUGGACAGCAUUUGCAAAAACAAGAGAAUCCCUUUAUAAUGUGAAGUUGACCGAUGUCACGACAGAAAUCAAACUGUCUUCACAGUCUUGAAUCAUGUAGCAACAUUUUAGGAUUAUAUUCUACCAGUCACACUACAUAAUGUGAUGUUCUUUUUUUUAGAAAUCACUAUUAAAUGAGCUGCACCUUGCACAUUCAUUUGUAAUAGCACAAAUAAGCGAUGAAAAAAAAACAUGUUUGUAUGUAAGAUGGACAGACCUCAGUGCAAUAAAUCUUUGUUUACAUUACUAGGAUGUAAAGAUGAGGAACAUUUUGUAUAUGGAACGGACAAUAACAUGAGAAUAUGUGAUGUCAUUUUCCAUGUUUGCUAAAUAUGAAUGCUGGCGUUCAUAUGAAAAAUAAGAGAUAAAAAAAAAAUUACACCUUUGUAUUGUUUGAUAAUUAAACUGAAAAAUGUCUCAGACUGUGGUUAAGAUGAUAAAGAUGAUGA